AUGGGAAAAAUCUUUCAUCAAAUGACCAAAAUUAAUUGGACAAAUAUUUCUAGUUUACAAGAUACCCUUCAAACUAUUCAUUGGCAGUUUGAAUGUACAACAGUGGAAAAUUUACAGCUGGAUAAAAAAUUAUUAUUUUAUGGAUUAUUAUUAGAUAAACAUUAUAUCCCUAUGAAUGAUGAUAAAUCAAUGAAUCGUAUAAAAUCAUGGUGUACAAUAGCAGGUUGUACUGCCGCUUAUGCUUAUAAAACUAUUGGUAAUUAUUUUAGUGAACCAAUGAGAAUUUGGUUAGCUAAUGCUGCUAACUGUACAAUACUUUAUAGUUUGUUAGCAGAAAUCCCUAUUGUUCAACAAUCUAAUAUUCAUAGAAAUAGUUAUCCUUUACCGUUAGUCAAUGUCUUUAAUAAUCCUAAUGAAAUAAAUAUAACAUCAAUACCUGAUGGUAAUUGGCGUUAUGGUUUAUGGACACGUGAAAAUUUGUUAACUUCAAAUGAAUUAAAAGGUAUACUUAAACCUGAAAUGUCAGAAAUCUGUUUAGAAGUAAUGAUUGCUGGAGUUAUUAAUUACUUUCAAGAAGGUUGUCUUAUGCCUAAAUUACUCAGUAAAUAUGCAAAUGAUCUAAUCAAUACAAAAGCAAUGAAUAUGUAUGGAAUUACAAAUGAUAAUGAUAAACUACAAAUUAUGGCUAUUACAAGUAGUUGGAUAUCUAAAAUUCAUAUUUUACAUGAAGUAACAAUUCGAUGUUGUUUAAAAUCACAAUUACGCGAAGUUCGAACUCUAGGAUUAACACAUAUUCAGUUAAAUAUUGAUAUGAUGAAAUGUUUUCAAUCAAUUCCAGCUGGUUGGAAUCGUACAAAAGUAGCUGUUCAAAUAGCUAAUAAGUUAAUUCAAUCAAAAUGUUUCUAUUAUAUGGAGCGUUUAGAUGAAUUGAUACGUCUUGGUAAACUAUGGCAGAAAGUGAACGAAGAUCCUAUGACUUAUCAUAUCUGUGGUAAAUAUCUUACAAACAAUGAAAAAAAUAUGCUGUUAGAUGAUGCCUGUAAUCUAUUCGGUAGAUUAAUCACAUUUCUCAAGUAUUCAGAACCAAAAAGUGAACUAUUCACCUAUAAAUAUUUAAAAUCAAAUGAUCAAACCCUUGAAAGACUAUACACUGAUUAUUCGGAUAAAUGGGAAGCUAUUGUAAAAGUAUUUUAUUGUACAGAUAAACUUGAUCCUACUGGAGAUUAUACAGAUCAGUUGAAAAAUCUUCAACUUAUUCCAAACAACUUCAAACCUGAUGAAAACACUAUACGGUUAUGUCGUAAACUUUUUAUAAAAUUCCAGAAAACCUGUGAUAAAAUCUGUCCAUAUAAAGAAAAUAUAAAACGUUUUUAUUAUCCACUUACUUCUUACUUACUUAAUUUUGUAUCAAUUUCUGAAUGA